AUGGAGGAACAACGGCGACUCCAUGAACCGCGACUUCAAAAGAAAAAGAUACAUCGCCGCAAGCAAUUACCAUCUCCACAUGCUGGCGAUGAGCUGCGCCUAGAUUCUGGCUACAACUCCCAGUCUAAAAGUAAAUCUGAUUCCGCUAAAGCCGUGUCCUACCGGCAAAAGAUAGCAGAUUUUAGUAAAGCAGGUGUUAAUCUAUCAAAUCACAGCGACGAUACGAAGGCGAAGUUAAAGGCCGAGAAAGAAGCUGCUCCUAAGGGUGAAGAUCUCGAUUUCGUACUUGGCAAGAAUCCAUUAGAGGCCCUUACUAAGGGCAAAGCACCCAUUUUCAAGGCAUACCUCUGCUAG